AUGAGCCAAGAGCAUGAAUCGCCCGGUGAGAUAGAAGACACCGACAGCUUCGAACUCACCCAACCACCCGAAGAGAGUGGGCCGCUCCAACGAGCGGCGACCGACAACCCACGAAAUGUGCAAUGGAAGCCAUCGUCGAGAACUGUGGAUGAGACACUUGCAGAUGGUCUUUCGAAUGAAGAUCUUUGGAUGUUGAUUCGGCGAUUCAAUAAGGUCUACUUCGCAUCCUGGGCAGCAGAUCUCCUCAUUCCGAUGACGAUGAGCCUAUUCAUUGCCUUGAUAAUGUUUCCUCCCAUUCGGCCGUUCUUAUUCCCCGCUCCUCCGCCGCAGCCGCCAACAAACGAUUCAACCUCAAACCUGUCGGCAAAUGAACAACAGGAAUCUCAAGACAGCUUGACGGGUGUACCGGAGAAUCAUAAGGGAGAAACUGCCGAGCAAGAAGCCAAGGUGUUGCUCGACAGCUUUGCGACAAUGGCCGUCGAGGGUGCUGCGGGGAAAUUCGGAUAUCCUCUGGAUGAAGAGACCGCGGAGAAUUCUACUGCAGUUAUUGCAGCACCACCUAUAGAUAUCACGCCCGAGACACCCGAAGUGGCCGCGGAGAAAUCUGCAGAGGACCAAACCAAAAAGCCCAUGAAGAAGAAGGUCUCACAAGGGAUGGAUCAGGCCAUGCGAGUGGUCAGCGAUAUCACCGAUAUCUAUGAAAGAUUUGCCAAUAUUCUUUCUCCUACUCCGCCAUUCUAUCUCAUUUCACCACGUCUUCGCAUAUCGGGCAUCUUGAGCAUCGUGUGUCUCGUCGCGCCAUUUGCAUCCAGUUACUGGAUCAUCAAACUUGUCGGAUUCGCUCUAGGAUUCGCUUUCUUCGGUGCACCAGCCUUCACCUAUACGACGGAUCUUCUGAACCGCAAAUUCCCCGAGUGGCAAGAGCAACUCGAUAUCAACAUGACACUUCUGAAAGGUGUACCCACUAACGCCCAACUAACCUUAACACUCCUCCGAAUCGGUGAAAUUAACUCAUCACCUCUCCCACCACCACCAACAACCGAGGACAGCGAGCCCGCAUGGCCAAUCAAGCGCAAGAAGUCCAAGGCAGUGACCAUUCCCCAAUCAGGCGAUCUAGCUAGCAUAUCAAACGAUUCAACCACCAACCUGUCAUCCGACAGUCUCGCAGCACCGAAACCCAAAAAACGAACCUUCUUCAAAAUCCUAAAGUUUUUCCGCCGCACAAUCGCAACCGCAAUCCGAGGCCACAUCGCCUUCGACCGGGCAAUGGCAAUUGCAGGAUCGGCACAUACAAAGAACCUCCUAGGCAUGCUUCAAAACCACCGCUUCUCCGGCACACCAUACGGGCCAUUGAAAUUCGACGCGAAGUUUGAGCGGAAGCGCGGGGCAGCCGUCAUCGAUUCCACCAAGGAACCACCUAUCUUAUACUUCACGACGUACCAAUCGGCCGGAUUGGAGGAUCUGAGCAUUGACGCGCGGAAGAAGGGGUCUGUUCUCUUUCAAAUUCCGGUCACUGAGAUCCAGGAACUGCGGAAGACGGAGGGAUUGGGGUGGAAGGGAAAGCUGAUUGUUGAAUUGACGGCCGGUAGUAAAGAGGCUGCUGAUGGAAUGGUCGUUGUUGGCAAUGAGAUCGGGCAGUCAUUCCAUCUUACAGGGAUGAGGUCUCGGAAUCAGUUGUUCAAUCGAUUGGUUGCGAUUGAUGCGCAGUUUUGGGAGAGCAGGUGA